AUGCAUAGACAGAAUUUGUCCUCAUGCUACUCAUUCACAAAGGAAGGGAAUCAGUGUAUAUUUUUCUUUUUAUCUGGAAACUUACCACUGCGUAGUAAUUCGACAUGGGUGUGGACGCUUGACUGGAAGAACUCAGGCCACGCCCCUACCGUCUGCCGCGCAAACACAGCGGAUGAUGGCGCUGCGAGGUUCAUCGCCACGCUAAGCAACGUUUCGACGCUUGGCGAUGAAUGGGAGGAGUCCUUGGAGUUGAACAAGGUGGACAGAUAUUGGUGCUCUGCUCAGCUGCUAGAGACACCGCCAGGAAAACGGCUAGAAUUUGCUGCUUCGUGUGACAAUUUCACUGACAUACUGGCUAGCAAUGCCUAG